AUGGCAGUGGUGUCGGCCUUUCUCUGGGGACUUUGCCAGAGGUUACAGGCCACGAUUGCAGCAAGUGAUGAGCUUCAACUCGGUGUUGACAAGGAACUGGGGAGGCUUCUCAAAGCCUUUGUCUCAAUUCAAGUAACUACACUUGAAGUUGCCGAGAACAAGCAGUGCAAGAGCAAGGUUGUGCAAGCCUGGCUCUGUGAGCUCAAAGAAGCUGCACAUGAUGCUGAUGACUUACUAGACUGCUUGAUUCUGAAAGCUCAAGAACCUGAAGUGGAAGCCAGUGGCAUGGAGGUGGUAGACCAGCGCCGCUGUCUUAUCUUCAACUGUCGCCAAGAACAACCAGUCACACAAACAGAUCUCAUGAUCCAAGACAUUCGGAGAAGGGUACAAAAGUUAAUGAGAAAGAAGCCCUUUUCUCUUAAUUUUCAUCACCGACGAGCAAGCAACUACAUGAGUCAUUAUGAAGUUGAAGCAAGAAAAGCCACAAGUGCUAAUUCAGGAGAGUUUGGGAGAGAUGAAGAUAGAGAGAAGAUGAUUCAGCUAUUGACAUCUGAAGAAUCUUCUGUGCAUGAGGACCUUUCUCUCAUUGCUAUUGUUGGCCAGAGAGGUGUCGGGAAGACGACACUGGCACGGAUUGUCUAUGAUGAGCCUAGAGUUGGUAGCCAUUUCCCGCUUAAGAUGUGGGUCACUGCAUCCGAAGUUUAUGAUGCUGGGAGGCUGUUAAGAUCCAUAAAAGAGUCUGCUGAUGGAUAUCCUUCAUAUGAUAGCUUCACCAUGGAGGAAGUUGCUGAUAUGCUGAAGAAUAUAUUAGGGAAGAGUAGAUACCUGCUUAUUCUUGAUGAUGUCCGAAAUGAAAUACUCGACUCGGAGCUGCUGCGGGAGCAACUGAAGUAUGGACCAAGCGGAAGCAAGAUUGUUAUCACGACUGAGAAUGGAGAGAUUGCUAAGAAGAUGAGAUUGCCAUUCUUGUGCUAUCAUUUGCAAUGCUUGUCUCAUCAAGAUUCCUGGUCUUUGUUCAAAGAAUGUUCAUUACUGCUUGAUCAAGGGGCGUGCCAAAAUAGCAGAGAAAUUGAAGAAGUUGGCUUGGAGAUUGUGGCAAAGUUAGAAGGGUUGCCUCUGGCUGUCAAGAUGGUUGGUCGUCUCUUGUGCUUGAACUUCAAUCUAAAUGACUGGAAGAUGAUCUUGAAUGCUGAUGUCUGGAGGUAUAAAUCUGAAGAAGUGUGUGGUGUCCCUGCUGCUUUGUGGUUAUGCUAUCAACACUUGCCACCUCACAUCAGGCAGUGCUUCGGAUACUGCUCUGUUUUCCCCAGAGAUCACAAGUUUGAUAAACAGAGCAUGGUACAUAUGUGGAUGGCUCAGGGCCUUAUUCAACCUCAGCAAGGAAAACAAAUGGAGGAUUUGGGGAACGAGUACUUUGAUUAUCUUUUGAACAGGUCCUUCUUUCAGAGCUGGAGCUGCAGAGACGAGCAUCUACUGUUUUUUGAUGAGGAAAACAUUGUCUAUAAUACGAGGCCAAUACCAUUUGAUAUCUCUGAAGAGUAUAUAAUGCAUGGAUCAAUUCAUGACUUAGCUUUGUCCAUUACUGUCUGUGAAUCACUUUGGCUAUCACCUGUAGCCGGGAGUAUGAAGGAGAAUGUGCGUCAUUUAUCGGUUAAGUCUGAUAAGGACAACAUUGAGAAUGUUCUGGACAUAAGCAUGCUGCAUAACCUGCGGACACUACUGUUCUACAGAACAGGGAGUUCCAGUUUUGAUUAUGAUGCAUUGUUCAUGAACUUGAAAUGCAUCCGGGUGCUGUGUUUGAGUGACAUUGGAUUGAAAAACUUGCCUAACUCAAUUGGCAACUUGAAACAACUCAGGUGCCUGGAUCUUACAAUGACAUCUGUCAAAACAGUCCCAGAAGUUCUGUGUGGCUUGCGCAAUUUACAAACUUUGAAGCUGAGCAUCUCUUCAACCACUCUGCGACCUUUACCUCGAGGUAUGUCAAAUUUGAUUAAUUUGCGGCACUUGAAGGCAUAUGUAGGUGGAAUGUAUAAGAUUGGACAACUCACAUCCUUGCAAGAGCUGGAGAACUUCAUCGUCUUUGAUGAAGAUGGGCACAGGAUAGAAGAGCUCAAGAACAUGACACAGCUUCGAGGGAAGCUCCGUAUUUCUCAACUUGAGAAUGUGCACACCAAGGAUGAGGCCAUGGAGGCCAAGCUGAAUGAAAAGGAGCACAUUGAAGAGUUGAUGCUAAAAUGGUCCUGGGACUACAAAUGGGAUGGAGGUCCUAUAGAAUCAAAUUUUGCAACUCUUGAUGCUCUAAGACCACAUGCAAACCUAAAAACUCUAAUUAUAGAUAGCAACACCGGAGGAAAGAUUCCAACCUGGUUGGAAGAUGGAUCACUUUCAAGCCUUGAAACUUUAGAGAUCGGUCAAUGUUACCAAUGGGAUAUCUCGCUUCUUGGGCAGCUCAAGAGCUUAAAGAUACUAAAACUGCAUGGAUUGCUAGAGAAGCAGCAUGUUGAUCUGUAUAAUGACAGAGAUGUUCACCAACUGUUUCCUUGUCUUCGCAUACUAGACAUGACUAGUUGCUCUGGCUUUGUUGAAGUUCCUCCAACACUAGAAGCUAUGCAACUGUCGAUGGUGGGGCUCCCAACGCUUCCCAGACUACAUCAAAGCAGCAGCUCAACAUCGAGUUCUUCACUUGCAUCAUUGCGUAUCUUAAACUGUCCAAGAUUUACAACUCUACAAGCAGGGCUGCUAGAGCACCAAUCCCAGAUCCAACUCCAAGCUCUCCAUAAACUAAUCAUCCAAUAUUGUACUGAGCUUGUUCACUUGCCAGAUCACGGUUUCUCUGCACUUGUGUCGUUGAAGACCUUACUUAUUGAAGAUUGCCCAAAACUCAGGCACCAGCCAGCAGAUGACACUGGUCCUACUCUUCCUUCAUCCUUAAUUGAUUUCAAGGUUAUUAAAUGUGCAGGCCUGACCAUUGAUUCAUUCUUCAUUGGUAUGGGAAGGCUACAUUCCCUGAGUUCCAUGGUGAUUAAAGGUGAGCCAGCAUUUACACAUAGUCCUCCUGAACACCUUCCUGUCUUUACGACACUCCCUUGGGGUCUUCUGCAACACUUGAAGUCACUCAAAGAGCUAGAAAUUGUGCACUGUUCAUGGUUAACAACGCUUGGACUCCAAGCUCUUGUGUCACUCAAACGCUUGAAGGUUGCAGGCUGCCCAAGGUUGGCUGCUUGUUCGUCGCCGUCAGAUAAAUCUCCAAUGCUUCUUGAAUAUCUAGAGAUUAAUGAGAGCUCAUUGCGGAUACUCAACGGUGAGCUACUGCAGAGUCUGAUCAACCUACAGGAGCUAAAAAUUGCAAAGUGCCAUCAACUAGUAAACUUUCCGAAUGAGAUGGAAGAGAAGCUUCAUUGCCUUGUGUCCCUCAAACGGCUAUUCAUAGACAACUGCCACAUCCUUCAAUCUUUGCCUUGUGAGCUUGCAACCAUCUCUUCUCUUGAAGAAGUUUGCGUAACUGACUGCAACUACAUUCAAUCGAUACCCGAAAAGGGCCUGCCAGCCUCCCUGGUCUAUGUUGAUUAUCAAUCGCUGCCAUUCUUUGAAGCAGAGAUGCAAAAAGGAUGGUGA